ACAGCUGAAGCCUCUAGUAGCCAAAUUUCAUCUGCUAAAAUGACUGCUCAUGGCACUAUCAAGCUUGGUGAUCAGUCACCUCUAAAACAAUCAGAAAAGGACCACCCUGUCAGUUGGGAUUUCAAGCUUGUGCAGUCACUAAGAAAUGAAUAUGCAGAUGAAAGGUACAUAAGUCGGUCUGCAAUGCUGAAGGAGAACGUGAAGAUGAUGCUGGAUCAAGAAAUGAAGGUGGUAAAUCAGUUGGAGUUAAUUGAUAACUUGCAAAGGCUUGGCUUAUCUUACCAUUUUGAGGACAAAAUCCGCUCAAUUUUAAGUGGAAUUUACAACACGAUUAAAAUGCGGAACCCAGAGGGAUUAUAUGCAACAGCUCUUGAGUUCAGACUCCUUAGACAACAUGGUUUUUAUGUCCCUCAAGAGAUCUUUGAGUCUUUCAAGGAUGAAAACGGAGAUUUCAAACAUAGUCUUUGUGAGGAUUUGAAGGGAUUGUUGUACUUGCACGAAGCUUCAUACCUCGAAAAAGAAAAUGAAAGCAAUUUGGAAAUGGCUAGAGAAUUCACAGCAAAGCAUCUUAAGAAGAUCUUAAAGGAGAAGAGAAUUGAUCAAGAACUCGAAGCAUUAGUUCAACAUGCUUUGGAGCUUCCACUCCAUUGGAGAAUGAUGCGUUUGGAGGCAAGGUGGUUCAUAGACAUAUAUGAGGCAAGAUCAGACAGAAAUCCUAUUUUGCUUGAGCUUGCAAAAUUAGAUUUUAACAUUGUCCAAGCAAUACAUCAGAAUGAUCUCGAAUGUACACUAAGAUGGUGGAGCAGUACAGGCCUAGCAGAAAAACUAUCAUUUGCUAGGGACAUAAUGGUGGAAAAUUUCUUUUGGACCGUAGGAACUAUUUCUGACCCUCAACAUGGAAAUGCAAGAAGACUAUUGACAAAGGUCGCUGCUUUGGUAACUGCUAUAGAUGAUGUAUACGAUCAAUAUGGUACUGAGGAUGAACUGGAACUCUUCACUAGUGUUGUUGAAAGAUGGGAUGUCAACUCAAUCGAUCAACUUCCAGACUACAUGAAAAUAUGUUUUCUUGCACUCUUCAACUUUGUUAAUGAAAUGGCUUAUGAUGCUCUAAAAGAAGAAGGAGUCAACAUUAUCCCCUACCUAAGAAAAGCAUGGGCAGAUUUGUGCAAAGCAUACUUGCAAGAGGCAAAAUGGUUUUUCAGUGGACAUAUACCAACGCUACAGCAAUACCUUAAUAAUGCCUGGACUUCAAUUUCAGCUCCUCUGGUGGUAGUGCAUGCUUAUUUUUGUGUUGAUUAUCCGAUUAACAAGGACCACGUGGAAUACUUAGAGAAAUGUCACAAGAUUAUUCGUUGUUCAUCGAUGAUUAUACGGCUAGCAAAUGAUUUAGGAACUUCUCCAGAAUCGGAGGUGCUGAAAAGUGCUGAUGUACCAAAAUCGAUACAAUGCUAUGUGAAGGAGACAGGUGCAUGUGAAGAAAAGGCACGUGAAUACCUGAGGUUUCUGAUUAUUGAGGCAUGGAAGCAAAUGAACGAAGCUCAAACUGUAGAUUCUCCAUUUUCUUCGACAUUUAAAGGAUUUGCAGUGAAUGUUGCCAGGAUGGGACAAUGCAUGUACCAGCAUGGAGAUGGCCAUGCCCAUCAAAAUUCUGAGCCUAGGGAUCGUAUUUUGUCACUGCUCUUUGAGCCCAUAUCUUCUUUUGCUUAG